CCGAGUGGAUGUAACAAAUAACGGACAAAACUUUUGUAUUUUUUAACACUCCUCAAUUUCCUCUCUGGAGUUUUUUGCUCCUGUUUUGUCUUUUUCUUUGGUAAUUUCACGGCGGUCUCGCCGCUUUACGGUUCGAGUCGUGUAUCCCUGGCAACACGAUCAACUGUCCCUGAGAAGUUUGGAUCAAGUGUUUCACCGACAGCCGGAAAUUUUUACCGGAUAUUAACCCGCCACGCUUAACGGAACCGAGUCUGCGGGGCGACGCGGCGAAUGUGGACGUAUUUUUUUCUCACUUUCAACUUUUUUUUUUCUUUUCCCCCCGGAGUUUAAACCGAGUGGGAAACGGGACGGCGCGAGACAAUAGUGGUGCGUGAGGGAGAGCGAGCUCGUGCAGAGGAGGAGGCGGAGGAGGAGGUGGGGGGGAUCGAUGCCUCGCGGGGGCUUUGUUCUGUCCCGUGUGGUGACCUCCCGCGAGCCCGCCGCGGAUAUCCACCCGAUCGACUUGAUGAUCGAUCCGUGAUCGAGCGUCCGGCAGAACUUCAGCAUGGAUGUGACUCUGUCCGAGUUGCUGGCCACCUUCAUGGAGUCGCCGCUGGUGGUGUGGGUGCGGACGCUGGGCCCGUUGAGCUCCCACGGCGACGCGGGCUCCGAGGACCGGGUCAACAUGUUCAUGGAGCUGGUGGACGGCGUCUUCCUGCACAAGAUCAUGACGCACAUUGACCCCAGCCCCGCCAAUCAGAGGCUGAACAAGAACGUGAACAACGACCUGGCGCUCCGCCUUCACAACCUGACGGUUCUCACCAGACACAUCCGAACGUACUACCAGGAGACCUUACAGCAGCUCAUCGUGAUGCCGCUUCCCAACAUCCUCUGCAUCGCCAAGGAUCCUCUGUCAGCAAAGAGCAUGGAGGAGCUCAAAAGGCUUUUGUUGCUGCUGCUAGGCUGCGCUGUACAGUGUGAGCGUAAGGAGGAGAUGAUCGAGAAGAUCAAGCUGCUGGACAUUGAGACCCAGGCGGCCAUUGUCUCUCACAUCCAGGAGGUGACCCACAACCAGAUGAACGUCCUGGACCUGUCCUGGCUGGAGGAGGAGUCGGAGGUGGCUCAUGAAGUCCUGGAGCCGCUGUCCCGGAACAUGGCUGUGUCUCUGAAGCAGCUCAUCGACCAGCGGGACAAAGCCAGCGAGGUCAUAGUGGAUCUCACCCAGGAGAGAGACUACCUUUCCAGUCAGCAGCCCCAGGAAGGGUGCCGAAACCUGAGCAUGGGCAGCCCGGAGCACGGCAAGACCUCCGGGGGCGUGGGAGUGAACAGCGGCGGCGUGGCCACGGCGGCGCUGACCAAAGAGGAGAAGCAGCAUCUGUCAGUGGAGCUGGCUGACACCAAGGCCAAGCUCCGUAGAUACAGACAAGAACUGGAGGAGAAGACGGAGCAGCUGAUGGACUCAAAACAUGAGGUGGAGCGUCAGGAUCAGGAGCUGCAGCGGCUGAGACAGGAGAACCAGUCGCUGUCCUGCGAGGCCCGUUCGGUGCGAGCGUACCGGGACGAGGUGGACUCCCUGAGGGAGCGAGCCGCCCGGGUCGACCGGCUGGAGACCGAGCUGAGCAGAUGCAAAGAGAAACUGAAUGACGUGCAUUUCUACAAGACCAGAGUGGAGGAGCUGCGUGAUGACAACCUGACUCUGAUGGAGACCAAGGUGCUGCUGGAGGAGCAGCUGUCGGCUUCCAGGGGCCGCUGCGACAAACUGCACACGCUGGAGAAAGACAACCUGCUGCUGAGGGCGAAAAUCCACGACCUGGAGAUGGAAAGAGACAAUGAGCGCCGCCGGCUGGAGGAGCUGGUGGAGGAGAACAUGCUGCUGGAGAUCGGACAGAAACAGAGCAUGAACGAGUCCGCGCACCUGGGCUGGGAGCUGGAGCAGCUCACCAAGAACCACGACAACACCAACACUGAGACUCGGAAGUCGCUGGUCCAUGAGUUAAACGAGUGUGUGUCCAGCCGGGUGUUGAAGCUGGAGAAGGAGAAUAGGGAGCUGCAGGCCUCCAUAGAGAGACUGAAAGAGGAUAACCACCUCCUGCAGGAGCAGCAGCUCCAAAGCCAGGAGCUGGACCGAGAGAACCAGAGUCUCAGCAACAAGCUGGAGCGUCUGCAGGGAUUAUUGGAUCAGGAAAGACUCACCAAUCAGGACAUGGAGUCUCUGGGAGACGAAAUACUGAAGGAGAAGCAGAGUCUGCAGAGAGAAAUGCACACUCUGCGGGCGGAGAAGGAUCGACAGAUCUCAGAGCUGGAGAGUGAGAAGCGGCACCUCUCCGAGGCGGUCAGGUCCCUCCAGGAGCGCGCUCAGUCCAACAGCGAGGCCAGGGUCCGCGAGGUGGAGGCCAAGAACCGCCUGCUGCACCAGAGCAUCACCGACACCAGCUCCCGCCUGGCCAGCCUGGAAACCCAGCUCAAGGUGACCAGCGAGGAGGCGGACAGGCUGCGGGAGAAGGCGGGGCGCUGCGAGGAGGUGGAGCGGGAGGUGGCGAGGCUGGAGAGGAGCAGGGACGCCCUGAGCAGAGAGGUGGCCUCUCUGCGAGCGUGCAGCGAACGGUCGGAGGCGCUGGAGAAGGAGGUGUCCUCCCUGGAGCAGGAGGUGCACAGGCUGAAGAGGGACGCCGAGGAGGCGCAGCGGGAGCAGCAGCGACUGGCCAAGCAGGAGGCGGAGAACAGCCUGCUGACCAAAGAGAACCUGGAGCUCCGCUGCUCCGUGGAAAACCUGCGCUCCUCGUCCGCCCGCCUGCCCACGCUGCAGGAGGAGCUGAAGGAGGCGCAGAGGGAGAUGCAGGAGCUGCAGAGCCGGCUGGAGGAGGCCAGGGAGGAGGCGCAGGGAGAGAAGAAGAGGGUGGAGAGACUGGAGCUGAGCGCGGCUGCCACGAACCAGGAGAAGCAUCGGCUAGAGGAGGAGGUGGAGAGGAGCAAGGAGGAGAGGGCGGAGGUGGAGAGGGCGAGGCAGGAGGCGCAGAGCAGAGAGGAGGAGCUCAGGAGGGAGGCGGAGGAACUGAAGGAGGAGCGCAGGAGGAGGGAGGAAGGCGACGAGGAGAGGAGGAAGCUCCAGCUGGACCUGGAGCAGUCGGAGAAGGGGAGGAAGAGCAUGGAGAAGGAGAGCUGGAGGAUCCGGACGCUGCUGGAGGGGAAGGAGACGGAGCUGGAGGAGAGGAGCCGGCAUCUGACCACCGCCACCAAGGAGGCGGCGGCUCUGAACAAGGAGGUGGAGAGGCUGAAGGAGGUGGCUGUGAGAGCCAAGGAGAUGGAGCGGGAGAACAAGGAGCUGCAGAAACAAGCCACCAUUGACAAGAGGACUCUGGCUACUCUGAGGGAGGAGCUGGUGUCGGAGAAGCUGAGCGUUCAGCAGCAGAACGUGGAGUUAGAGCGGCUGAACGAGGAGCUGGAGAAGAUCGGCCUGAACAGAGAGAAGCUGCUGCAGCAGGAACACACACUGGAGGACAGCAAGUACAGGCUGCUGGAGUCCCGGCUGGAGGAAACGGUCCAGCAGACGAUGAAGGUGAAGGAGGAGAAAAUCUCCAGUUUGGAGAAGAAGCUUGAAGAAAGCAACGCACUCAAUGCUACAUUACGCACUGAACUGGCCACUGCUCGUCAGACUGUGUCUGUGCUGCGGCAGCAACAGGAGGAGGAAAAUCACAACACCCAGCAGCACUCUGGCAGCGAGCGGGGGGCCACGGCCGAGCUGCUCCGGAUCAAAGAUCAUCUAAUCGAUGUAGAAAAGAAUAACGCCUCGCUGCAGACGGAGAGCAGCCUGCUGAAGGAGCAGCUGAAACAGCUGGAGAACCAAAACACUUCCCUCAACAACCAGAUGGUGGCGCUGCAGCGGCACACCACCACGCUGCAAGAGCAGAAUUCAGCCUUACACACACAGACUGCCAAAUUACAGGUGGAGAACUCCACACUGUCCUCUCAGAGCGCGUCCCUCAUGGCCCAGAAUGCAGUGCUGCAGGGCCAAGUCACCGCCCUGGAGACGGAGGUGGAGUCCUGGCAGCGGCAGCGCGAGGAGGCGUGGCGCGGCAGGGAGAACGUGCUCAGCGACCACGAGCGCCUGCUCAACGUGCACGAGAGGCAGGCCCACGAGUACGAGCAGCUGAUCAGCCAGCACGCCGCGCUGAAGGGCAAGCAGCGGGCGCUGGAGGGCGAACACCGGGCGCUGCACGCAAAGUACUGCGUGCUGCUGCAGCAGAAGGAUAAAUGGGAGGAACAGGAGGGGCGGGGUCAGAAGGAUAAAGAGGAACUCAGCCAGGAGGUUCAGAAGAACCGCCUGCUGCAGCAGGAGAAUCUCCAGCUGAAGUCCGAGGUGGACAGGCUGAUGGAAAACAAAUCGCAGCAUGCGGAGCAAAGCGACGUCCUCCAGCAGCGCGUGAAUGAACUGAAAAGCUCUUUAGCGACCGCCCAGCAGGAGGCCAGCCAGUGGAUGACGCGAUACGAUUCGCUGAUGGAGCAGCACCAGGGCCUGGACAUCACCAUGACCAAACUGGACAACCACUGCGAGCUCUUGAGUCGACUGAAGGGGAACCUGGAGGAGGAGAACCACCACCUUCUGAGUCAGAUCAACCUGCUGAGUCAGCAGAACCACACGCUCCUGGAGAGGAGCAUGGAGAGCAAGGAGCUGUAUCACCAGGAGCAGAAACUCUACAUAGAUAAGCUGAAUGCUCUCCGCCGUCAGAAAGAGAAACUGGAGGAGAAGAUCAUGGAUCAGUACAAGUUCUACGACCCCACGCCUAAAAAGAGGAGCCAGUGGUCCGGAGCCAAAGCUUUAGCCAAGCUCAUCAAACCCCGAAAGGAGAGCAGCAGGGAGCGAGGAGGCGACCGGGACAAGGAGGCCGUCAAGGAGAGGGAGCGGAUCAAGAGCGCCCCGGACAUCCCGCUGCCCGCCCCGCCCCCGCUCCUCCCCCCGGAGACCCCGCCCCUUCAUCGGAGCGUGAGCGACUCGCACGACGGCGGCCACGCCCACAGCAACCACCACAGCCUCGCCACCAGCCCCAGCCUGGGCCCAAAGAGCCCGGCACUGACCCCCAUCAGCCGAGGAAUGACGGACAGGGGCCGCGGCAUUUAUCGCAGCAGCACUCCAGGGGACAGCAGUGAAAAUGGAGUUAAUGGAGAGGACGGUCCUGGAGCAGGUCAGACCCACAAGAGUCAUUUGAGCUCCACUCCAAACCAUCAUUCCUCCUCGCUGGCGCUCGCCAACAAUCCCAACUCCAGACUGGGACCAGGAGCCAAUCGCAGGCCCAGAGGGUUAUUUGACGAAGACUCUCGCCACAACGCGUCGGACUCGGUGUUUGGUCCACCCGGCAUCCCGGGAGGACGCCCGGGCUCGGCGGACUUCAGCCACAACACCUCCAGCUCCAACUCGCCGGUCAACUGCAGAGACACCUCCGACCGCCAGGCCCGCUCCGCCAGCCUCUCCAGCGACGACGUCAUCGGCCUCAGCCAAUCGCAGCUGGCUCUGUCACGAAGCUCCACCCUCCCGUAUGACCACGCGCCGCAGAGGGCCCAGCCGCAGCGAGGAGGCGGAGUCAGGAGCAAGACGCGCCCCUCUUCUCCCGGGAGCGAGAUGGUGACGCUGGAGCAGUUUUUACAAGAAAGCAACCUGCAGUCUCCUCCUGUGGUGUCCACAGGAAGCAGGGAGGACUUGAUGACCGACUACUUCACCAGAAGCCCCGCCCCCUCGGCGUCCAGCAGAGAGCAGGUGACUCCCACCAGCUACGUGACGCCCACGGUCCAGCCGUCCAGCCAGAGGCCGGGGCAGAGCGUCAAGCCGUCGCCCCGCCAGCCGGUCGGCCAGUCUCCGGCCUCCACCCAGAAUCCCUCGCACCGCGCCGGCCAGUCGCUGAGCCGGGCCUUCAGCCUGGCCUCCGCCGACCUGCUGCGCUCUAACGGGCCGGACAGUUUCCGUGGAAACGAGGGCUCCCCCGGCCAGGCGGACGUUGUGGUCCGGCGGCAGGGCGGAGGGCACAGCGGCCGGGAGCGCCCGCUGUCGGCCCGGAUCUCCGGGACCGGCGGUCAGCACGGAGACGCCGGCUUCCUGAGCCCCACCAUCCACCACUCGUCCUCGCUCAACCUGCAGACGGAGAGAUACGCAGAGAGGGAGCGGGACCGGGACCGGGCCAGGACUCCCGUCUCCGUCUCCAGGAACGGCCUGUCGGCGACGUCCUCCGGCCACCGCGGCGAGGUCGCCAUGGUGACCCCGGUCAGGGCCGUCCCCACGGCACGGGCCGACACCGUCGCCGAGCACGGGGACGUCCAGAGAGAGGGCCGCUCCGGCGACUCCUCCCACUCCAAGAAAGAGAGCGAGCGAGCCAGGUGCAGCUCUGCGGAACGCCCCAAGAGCACGCCGGCCUCGCCCGACCCCAACAACGACCCGCAGACGGUGUGGUACGAGUACGGCUGCGUCUAAAGACGGGAACCGGAACGCUCCGCUGCGCCUGAGCUCUGACAUCAACGGCCCCGCUGUGUUGUGGGUCAAUGUCCAAACUUCUGGAAGUCGACGGUUGCUGUCUGUGGCAAAGGCUUUGUUCAAACCCCGGGAAGCAAAGCCGCAGUUUCAACACAACUCGCCAUUGAAGGAAGGAACUUUCUCUGGAAUAAAGUUUUGCAAGAAGAAGAACUAAAACUUGACUCUGUGAAGACACCUGCUGAUUCUGCUGGUUCAGGAACUCAGAAGGCUGCAGCCUACAGUCACGUGCAAAAAGAAGGACAUAAGAAACUCUUCUGGAACCAUAAAUCAAUAGAGAAACCAAAACUCUCGUCUGUCCGUGUUACUGAAUGAAAUGAAGUCACAAAAUUGGAUUCAGAAGAAUUUAAAGCAGACCUGAUAACCUGAUAAAGUUUCAGAGAAAACCACUUUUGAUCGUGGAGGAAGACAAAGUUCACUGGUGAGUGCUGAGUUAUUGCACGUGGCUGUGGCUGCGCCUGCUGACCGCCUUCCACUGAUCUCCACUUGAACUUUAUCUGUGGUCUUUGAGGACGGAGUCCUUCACUUCGCCGUGAUCCUGCAGGUUUUCUCCGCAGCCACACACGGAGCCUUUCAACAACAACAACAACUACAAAAAAAAAAAACAUGAUUGUAAAGCGGAUGUUUGGACCAAGUGAUGAUCCAGAUGUUACUCAUCUUUUGAGGCUUGUUUGACCACAGUCAGCGGCGGAGAUUAAAGCGGUUGGAAUCUCCAACGCUGCGGGGACGGAGGACGAGUGCUAAACGCUACGGUUCAACCUGGACUCUGGGUAAACCUUCGCGAUGAGCCGAGCGACUGAAUGUAUCAGGUUUCUUCUUCACUAUCUACAGCAAAAUGGACGAGAUGAGGGGAGAAAACAUUGAGAUGGAGAGAGAGAGAGAGGGGGAAUAAAUAGAUGGAUGAUGGAGAGAGAGAGAGAGAGAGAGAUAGGGGCAAAGAUGGAGCGAGUGUUGGACGGAGAGAUAAACAGUUGAGAGAUGGAGGGACUCCUCCCAGUUAAAUUACAGUCUUUCUCCUUCCAGCUUUAGAUUCUGUCCCAGCAUGCAACACUCUACUGACACUUUACUGGAAACAUCGCUCGAACCAAGCCAACACGAGUCUCUUACACACACACACACACACACACAAACACACACAAACACAUGCACGAACGCACACACACUUAUAUAGAAUGAUAUAUAUUCAGACACAGGCAUUGUGUGCCUGAGGUGGUUGGUUGGUGGCUUUGCAAACCAGUCAGCUGGAUCUAAUUUACACACACACACACACACAGCACUGGGUGAGUUUUGCAGCAGUUUGACAGUAACGAGAGCUGCACACACACAGAGAUUCGGGCUGAAAUCCGGUGCGAAUGGAGACGAGCAGACGCAGCGGCAGAGCGGUUGACGUGUCUCCGGCGGACUCCUACCUGGCCGCGGGGGAGACGCAGUGACACAUUCGAAACGCAUCUCCUCUGGUUUGAUGAUUAACCCCGCUGGUUUCACUCCCCCGGCAUCGAGGCACGCUGCAGCUCAUCAGCAGGUGGGAGGCGGGGAGUUACGACUGGUUAAUUAAAAAUUAUUGAAUUUAGAGACACGUGAAUGGGUUCAGUGUUGCUCCUUUGGACAUGUUUUUCCAGCCUGUUUGAAAAGGAUGAGUGAAGAAAGAAAGCUGAAUGAAGGUAAUGAAAGUAGAAUUUGAAAGAAAUGAGAAAGAUUGUGAUGGGAAGUGACCGACUGCACACAUUCAAAGCACUACAUCGACGAUGAUGAUGAUGAUGAUGAUGAUGGGAGGAUGAAAACGUAACACUGGAAUCACAACAUUUUUAACCGAACGUGACACGUUAAUAUGCAACCAGAUAAAUUAUUUUUCCUGCAACGUUUGUACAUGUUGGUAGAGUCUAUGAACUGCUCACACGGUAGAAGACUUUUCUUGUCGAAUCCUCAUGAAAUUUUACUUGUUGAUACCAAAAGAACAAAAGAUGAAUUUCUGUGAAGUUUGUGUAGAUUGUUUUUUUUUAAUGAAAGAAAAAAAAUGCUUUACAACAUGGAGUAGUCGUCCACUUCCUCUUUGGAGGAAUUCUGUAGGCCGAGUCUGUUUUUAGAAGCUUUUAUGCAAAUGUUUUGUUUUUUUUCUGUCCCGCAACUUUGUCGUCCUCCCUCGACUCGGAACGAACCGAGUGAGACUGGAAUCCUGCUGUAACUGGAAUUACUGCUGCUGUAGCUCACUUUAAGACUGCUAUGCUGUGAUGUGACUACUGUUAUAAGGCUGUUUAAAGGCUACUAGUUUGAUGGAGCAGAAACCCAGGGUGUUAUUAGACUCGGCGGCUUUUUGCUAAUAAAGAUUUUUAAAGUUGCA